GUCCUGGAAGAAGUGAAGAAGCUGCUUCAAUAAGAGCGAAUAAUUUGAUACUUCCACAAUUUGGAUUAUUUUAUUUUGAAGUCCAUAUUAUUGAUGAGGGAAAUAAUGGAUCUAUCGCAAUUGGAUUUUGUACAAAAAAAGCUAGCUUAAAUAGGAUGCUCGGUAAAUGA